AUGAGGCUAUUUUUGAUCGCCUGCGCCGCCUGCGCCGUCGUGGCGCUGCCGGUGGAUGAACUCCUCCAGCAGGAGCUAGAGGGCUCCGGAGACGGGGCGGCAGAGCUGGAGCCCGAGCCCGGCCCGAGUCCGUCCAGCGCGCAUAUCAUGCGGCAGUCGUUCACCAGCGCGGCCGGCAGCUUCGAGCACCGGUUCCGCAGCAGCGACGGCACGUCCGUCAGCACAGCCGGCGAGCAGCGGCGCAUCGGCGACGGCGUCGGCACCGUGAUGCGCGGCAGCUACUACUACGUGGCGCCCGGCGGCGAGCACGUGGAGAUCACGUGGGUCGCCGACGAGACCGGCUUCAAGGCGUUCGGCCCGAUGGUGCCCGAGGCGCCGGCCUACCUGGCCAAGCUGCUGGCGAGGCCCUCAGUCGCCUCGGCCAUCACACGUGAAGACGAGGAGCAGAGGAUCCUGGUGGAGGAGGCUGGACACCAGUUGGAGGAGGCUGGACACCAGUUGGAGGAGCACCAGUUGGAAGAGGAGGAGCACCAGUUGGAGGAGGAGGGACACCAGUUGGAGGAGGAGGGACACCAGUUGGAGGAGGCUGGACACCAGUUGGAGGAGGAGGAGCUGCUGCCCGGUCCCGGUCAGACGGUGGACACUGCUGCUGAUGGCCCUCACGAUGCAGGAGCUGCUGCCGAAGGGAUUUAUUCUGAUGCGCUGUCUGACAAUGAGGUUACCUCUGAUCUCGAAGAGACGCCAGUAGCAGACGAAGCCACUGCAGCUGAACAAUCACCAGACGAAGCCAUUGCGGCGUACGUCGAGGUGGGCCCUGCCGCCGCCACGGACGUCACUGCUGCUGAGGGCACGCCGGCUGCUUGGGACGCCAAGCACAUCUCCACCGCCCGGGAGCCCGCUGCCGAGCCCAUCUCCAGCGCCCGGGAGCCCGCUGCCGAGCACAUCUCCACUGCUGACGACCAGCUGCGUGCGUCCGAUGGCGCUGCCGCUGACCCGGCUACCACUGUGGAAGUGACUGCUACCCCUGUCAUUUUGGAGGCGUCUGCCGACAGUGCAAGUGCGGCUGGGCUUGGUUACGAAAUCCAUGAAAACACCGAACAUCCUAUUUCACCUAUAUCGGGCCCUUCCGAAAAGCUCCUUAUAUUUGAUGUUCCUACUGAAGAAAAUGCUGCCCCCGGCUCCUCCGACUACGCCGCUCCUGUAGAUGACCGUGAAGAUGGAAAUUUUGCGUCGGACGCUGGGUCUUUUGUAGACGACGGUUCUUCGGAUGACACGACUGCCGAUGGAUUGUUUGUAAGUUUUCCAAUUGAUGGGGCAUCUGGAGCUGAGGUCUCCGGUGAUAAAAUUUAUGCCGCAGACAUUUACAAUGAACACAAAACAUCAGCUGAGGGAGAAAAGGCUGAAUAUGAAACAGAACUUGUAAUUAAGGAAGACAAUGAAGAUGUAUAUGCUGAGGACAUUGCUGAUCCAGACGCACGUCCAUCAGCUGGCAGCAGCGAGCAUAUAGGUGCUGUUGAUGACGUAGUCAAUUCUGAAAAUGUAUUUUUCCAGGACGUGGAUGACGCAGGAUUACACACGCUCGAAGACCUCCCAGCCAUUGAGGCGCACGCUGAGGAAGAGCCUGAAGAAGAGCCCGUGACUGCAGCGUCCGAUCCCGUGGACGACGGUGCCCCGUUUGAUGAGCGCCCAACUGGGGAGGAGCGGCUUGCGGAGGAAAACCCCGCGGCUGCGGAGGAAAACCCCGCGGCUGCGGAGGAAAACCCCGCGGCUGCGGAGGAAAACCCCGCGGCUGUGGAGGACACUCUACGAGAUCCAGAUCAAAUCGCCGCAGGGAAUGUGCUCCUAUCUGAGGAUACCCUCACUACAAUUGACUCAGACUAUAACGAAGAUUACCCAAAAGACUAUCCCGAAGAGGAGGCGACAGCUAGACAGGAUGCUGAAAUAAUUACGGAUAGCUCUGUCGAAAAGAUAUCUACAUCGCUAAUCGCCCAUAAUCCGGUUUAUUAAAUAAUGUAAUAUCAAACCUCAUUUUGUGCGAGUAUGCAAAGCUAUGCGACUUGAUAAUUGUGAGUGACAGCCAGCGUCGUUGGUGCAUUUCAAGUUCAGCUACCUUUGCUGUCGUAAGUGUGCAUUAAAACUGCUAGAUCUUUCAUUGAAUAACUUUAUGCAGUUGAUUUUGUUGUCGUACUUUUGUAUAAUGGAGCAUGUUUGUGGGGUACCUAUUGAAAAUAAA